CGAGCUUGCCGAAAUAGCAACCGUUCGCGUUUUGUCCGACUCACUGCAAUGAUGCGCUGGUUCACGGCACGCGACAUCUACGAUUCAAUGCGUCCUUUCGCACGACUGUUGAAAUUCUUCGGGUUUGAUUGUGGCGCAUCUUGGGAUCGAAACCCUACUGCAGGAUUACUUAUUCCGCUUAUGUAUGUGGCCUUCUUUGUGACGUAUCACGCAUACGCUACAGCCAUCGCGACCAGCAUUAUUCCAUCCGAGAUCCAAUUGGAUGAGAUGUAUAAUUCAGUAAUCCUCAGUUUAAGUGAAAAUGUAUACGCUGUCCUGCUGUACUUAGUCAUCGUGAUUUCGAUUUUGAUCAAUUACUUCUGUCGGGACGUUUUCCAAUACCUGUUGAAAACAUUACAUGAGGCCGAUCAGGUUUUGGUGGAACUAAAACAACAGUUUGACUAUCGGAAACAUCAUCUUCUUCUGGUUGUGGCCACAUUGAUGUUUGUACUGACGACUACUAUCAUUAUUUCAGUGUAUAUUUGGUUCUAUCGAAAAGCAGUGCUGGGGGCUUCGUUAGAUUUUACAAGCGUUUUUAUCUUUGCAACUAACUUUACUAGCUUUCUGAUGAUUGUUAAUCAGGCAACGGUUUUGGUGAAACUGACGGAAAAGCGUUUUGCGGCACUAAACCACUCGUUCAGGAUGUACUUUCCAACGAAUCCGACAUGCAGCGGUUUCCCGUCGGUCCAUACGGAGACGACCGUGUGCAGUGAGAAGGAACAGCUUACUGUCAUCAAGCAGAUCAAAAUAUUGCACGACAAACUCAACGAUGUGGUGGAGUUGGUUAAUUACUGCUUCUCAGUGCAGAUAACAUUCUGCGUCGGGCUAUGCUUCGUCAUCGGUGUCGUCUGCUCGUUCGGCCUGUUCCGGGCUUUCAUCUAUCGAAACGAACUGUUCUACAUGGGAGUACUGAACUUCAUCUGGUACAUGUACUAUUUGUUCUUUGUUCUGUUUUUCAUCGCCGUCGGAAGCAAAAUUACACGAGAGGGCAAGCGAAUCGGAGUGCUGGUCCACAAGGCCAUCAAUUGUUCUACCUCGAGUGCGGUCAUAAACGAGUUGAACAUUUUCUCCCAGCAAUUAUUACACCGCAGUCCGGUGAUUACGUGCGGUUUGUUCGUCUACGACUGGACGCUCCUGUACACGAUGAUUGGUGCCACCGCGACGUAUCUCAUCAUUCUGAUCCAGUUCGAUGUGUCUUUUCCGAAUUUGGUGAACGUCAAUAAUGGAACCACAUCGACCGGGUCUGCUGGCACAUAGACGGACCCAUGCUGAAAAAGUAUACUGAAUGCAACCGUAAACUAAACGAUCUAUACAAGCAAGGGGAGAAAGUUUGGUUCAGCUCGAAGUUAGAUUGUGACAGCUGUUAAUAUAGAGACACGUAUUUUUUGCUGUGUUUAGGCUCCAAUCACCUUACGGGAUCUGGUUGCAGUUUGACCAGCGAUUAGAACUGCACCUGAUGAUUAGGUUUCUGUACAUACAGAGGUUACUUGUUACUGUAGAUGAGUGUCAUACAGGUUAAUUUAAGUGUGAUAAACAACAACAGAUCUAAACUAAAUGGUUUCAAUAUUCUUCAGAGACUAUCAGAGAAAACAAUUCCGAAUAUUUGUGAAAAGAUGCGCGUUGCGACUCUUGACGACUGUUUUGGUUUUGUAUGACUUUAAGAAUAUAUGUAAAGUGCAUCACUUAUAAAAUUGGUAUUCGUAGGUCAUAUUGCUCUAUAAAAAAAAGUUUCACUCUAACUUUAACCAACCAACAAUAAUUUCGCCAAUUGAUAAUAAAACUUAUGCUUUGCCUCUAAGCUAGAAAUAAAUAUCUCACUUUAUGACACUUUUAUCUCAGUUAA